CGGCUCGCGAGGGGAGACGAAGGAAUUCAGUUGCAGAGAGGGGCGCAGGGUCGUGGAGAGCAAGCUUGUGUUCUAAAUGCACAUUGCUCUGGUGCCGAUAAAGGUUCUCAAACUGUCAAGUGAUACAUUCGCGAGCCGUAAUGGAAACUGCAGCACCAAUUCACCAUUACUACUUUGGCCGGAAUUGAAAGAAAGAGGUGGACGGAUUAUGAUGAAUACGGGAGAAGAAAGAGAAGAUCCACAGAAGCUGAAGAGGAUAGCGGCUGCCGCAUACGACUACGAGAACGACCCACGAUGGGCGGACUACUGGUCCAACGUCUUGAUUCCACCCCACAUGGCCUCUCGCUCCGACGUCGUUGAUCACUACAAGCGCAAGUUCUACCAGCGAUACAUCGAUCCAGGUCUUGUGGUAGAGGCAAUGUCUUUCAGCAGUUCAUCUCAACCAACUAGACAAUCUGCUUCAUCUUCAGCCUCAGCAGCCGCCAAUGAUCAACCCCGACCACAUAGCUCAGGGUCAUCUACAAGAAAUUCCUCAACUACAAGCUCAAAUCAAACUUCUCUUCAUUGGGAUCGACAAAUGAUACAAUUUUCUGUCAAUGCUUGGGUUUUCAUUGUGGCUGUGCUUGCUAUCUUUCCACUUAUACCUAAAAGCCUCUCACAUAGGGCUUAUAGGCUGGCCUUCUUGGGCACUGCAUGUUCCUCUCUAUACUCUUUGUACUCGCUAUAUGGGACACCCAGCGCAUGGAACUUGCCGGCAAUUCAAUUGUAUUUUCAGUCCAUAAUUGCAACCAAGGAUUUUAUCUACUCCAUCUAUUGCCUUACAUUUGUGACUUCACAUCUUUGCCUUAAAUUUGCUUUGAUUCCCAUUUUAUGCCUAGCACUUGAACAUGUUGCAAAGUUCUUAAGGCACAAUUUUAAUCGUUCCAUCUUGUACAGGAAGUACUUGGAAGGCCCUUGUGUGUGGGUGGAGUCAAAUGCAACUACCCUAAGCAUUCUCUCUUCACAUUCUGAGAUUGGACUUGGCUUUCUUCUAAUUAUCUCCUUGUUCUCGUGGCAACGUAACAUCAUUCAAACAUUCAUGUACUGGCAGCUCCUGAAGCUUAUGUAUCAUGCCCCAGUUACUGCUACUUACCAUCAAAGUGUGUGGGCCAAGAUUGGGAGGAUGGUCACUCCAUUUGUCGAGCGAAAUGCCCCAUUCUUGAAGUCUCCAAUUUCUGCCAUCCAGCGAUGGUGGCUCAGAUAGAAGUCCAAAGAGGCAGAUAUACACAAACAACAAUAAUUCCACAUGGGGUUUGAGUAGUUUUAACUAUGAAUUUCUUUUUGGAAGAAAACUUAAUUUCAGAUGAAGGACGAACUUGGUCAUAUUUGACAGUUGAUGGAUAGAUCAUGGAACCAGUCUCCUUCUCCCCCUUUUUUCAUCCCCAUCCAUGCUGGGUAUAUUUGCCAAAAUGAGAUUGUGUUUAUUUUAUCUUGUGCCGUAAUUACUGGUGUUCCAGAACUACUAGCGAUCAUGUAACGUGUCAUUGUUAUUUCUUUGGUUAAACCCCUAACUUCAUCCAUCAACUAUUUUACAACUCUCGAGUUAAUCUUUGAGCUUUAAAAAUUU